AUGGUCAAUGCAGAUACGACUUCACAAUAUCUCGCUGUUGUUCCUGAAGAUAUUAAAGCCUAUGCAGCAACACAUUUUCAAACUAUUGCUGGCUCUACAAAUAAAAUUGUUACAGAUCAAAAAAUGAAAAAUUAUGAAAUAUGUGAUAUUGUUCCAUCCCAAAAAGAAAAUAAUAAAAUAAAUGUUCAAGGCUAUUUAAUGGGUCGUGCAGUAACAACUUUUCAUAAUAGGUCCCAUUAUCUUAAAAAAUUUGUUGAACAUGACCACUCACCACAACCUAGUAAUGCAGAAGUUGCAAAAAAUAUCAGUCAAAUCAAGCAGAAAGCUUGUACAACAAAAGAUAAACCUAUACAAAUCAUUCAAGAUAUUACUGUUAAUAUGUCACAAGAGUAUUAUCCCUACAUGCUAUCUUCUAAUGCUCUUCGUUCAAUAAUUAAACGUAUCAAAAGAGCAGAAAUGCCUGCUGAACUACAAACCAUUGAAGAAGUUAAUAUUCCAGAUUCACUUUGUUUAACAUUAAAUGGCGAUACUUCUUAA